GGAAUGGGUGUGAUUGGCGUCGUGCUCAGCCAACCGGAGGGAGGCUGGCGGCAGCGGGGCGCGGCCCGGCGCCUGCGCCUUGGGGUGUGGGUGUGAAAGGAACCAACCGUUGACAGACGGAGAAGGGGAAGGUAGUGGUGUGUCCGUCCCUUAGCUUAUGGCUGGAGGGCAUUGAACUUGGGGAAUACUGCUGGUUAUCAACGUGAUUAAGAAAGUAAAACGGGUUUUUAUUUAAAUUUUGGGAGCAGGAGCCGUGGAUUUAAGAUUUAAACACAAGAACCAUAAAAAAAGGAGAGGCAGAAGAGACGUUGGUGUGAGAGCGGACCAAGGAGGAUUUGUGAGCGUGCGAUGUUCGGCCGGGCCGCUGCCGCCCAGCAGCGACACCUGUAGAUAAAGAACUAGCUUCCCGGGGGAGCCCGGAUCCUCCGUCAACCGCUCCAACAUGGACGGGCAGCCGCCGGCUGCCGGAAACGAAUCGCCUCCUCGCAGCCGGGACAGGUCUGACAGGUCCUCCUCGAAGAAGAAACCUCCCGAAGAAGACCCAAGAAACAAAACCAAGCUGAACCUUAACAUAAAAACUUUGGCGGAUGAUGUGCGUGACAGAUUAACCAGCUUUCGAAAGUCAACUACGAAGAAAGAGAAACCUCACAUACAACAUCCUACUGAUUCCCAAACAGCCAUGUGUGACUUACCACUAGCCCAACCAGUGUUUGAGGAAUGUUUUAUGAAUCUUUCUGAGAAAGAAAUUUUAGAUCUCUUUGAAAAAAUGAUGGAAGACAUGAAUCUGAAUGAGGAUCGUAAAGUUCCACUCCGAGGAAAGGAUCUAAUGACAAAGAGAGAAAUGGUGGUUCACUACAUCUCUGCAACUGCCAAAUCUAUAACUGGAAGCAAAGUUUCGGGUGGGCUAAGGAACAGCAAGCAUGAAAGUACUCUCUCAUCCCAAGAAUAUGUUCAUGAGUUACGUUCUGGAAUUACUGAUGAUAAACUUCUUAACUGCUUAGAAUCACUGAGAGUUUCUUUGACCAGCAAUCCUGUUAGCUGGGUUAAUAACUUUGGUCAUGAAGGACUUGGUCUCAUGCUUGAUGCUUUGGAGAAACUAUUGGACAAAAAACAACAAGAAAUGAUUGACAAGAAAAACCAACAUAAGCUUAUCCAAUGUCUAAAGGCAUUUAUGAACAACAAGUUUGGAUUGCAAAGAAUUCUUGGCGAUGAAAGGAGCUUAUUGUUAUUGGCAAGAGCGAUUGACCCAAAACAAACAAACAUGAUGAUAGAAAUUGUCAAAAUUCUGUCUGCAAUUUGCAUUGUUGGAGAAGAAAAUAUCCUUGAUAAAAUCUUGGAAGCCAUAACCACAGCUGCGGAGCAAAAUAACAGAGAACGAUUUGCACCCAUUGUCGAGGGAUUGGACAAUCAUGAAGCACUUCAAUUGCAGGUCGCAUGCAUGCAGUUAAUUAAUGCUCUGGUCACAUCUCCAGAUGAUCUGGAUUUCAGGAUACACUUGAGAAAUGAAUUCUUACGUUGUGGAUUGAAAAAGAUACUUCCUGUCCUGAAAGAUAAAGAAAAUGAAGAACUAGAUAUUCAAUUAAAAGUGUUUGAUGAAAACAAAGAAGAAGACUUCAUUGAGGUGUCACAUCGACUGGAAGACAUCCGGUCUGAGAUGGAUGACAUGAAUGAAGUGUACCAUCUGCUGUCUAAUAUGGUGAAGGACACUGCAGCGGAGAAUUAUUUUCUCUCAAUGCUGCAACACCUACUGCUCAUCAGGAAUGAUUACUAUGUCAGACCUCAGUAUUACAAGAUUAUUGAAGAAUGCGUUUCGCAGAUAGUAUUGCAUCGGAAUGGAGUAGAUCCCGACUUUGAAUACCGUAAACGAUUAGAUGUAGAUUUUAGUCAUCUCAUAGGUCAGUGUGUUGACAAAGCAAAAGUAGAAGAAAGUGAAAAAAAGGCAUUAGAAUUUUCCAAAAAGUUUGAUGAAGAAUUUACAGCUCGACAGGAGGCACAGGCUGAAAAUCAAAAGAAAGAUGAAAAAAUCAAAGAGCUUGAAACAAAACUCCAUCAGCUGGAAGCAGAGCGGAAAACAGCACCUGUGCCUUCUAAUGUGCCUCCACCCGCACCACCACCACCACCGCCACCGCCACCUCCUCCCCCUGGUGGAAUUCCAGCACCACCUCCCCUUCCAGGAGGCGUUGGUCCUCCCCCUCCCCCUCCACCACCACCACCACCACCACCUCCACUUCCUGGUGGCCCAGGCAUACCACCACCACCACCGCCGCCAUUUGGGGGCCCUGCUCCUCCUCCUCCACCGUUCGGGGGUCCAGCCCUUCGUUCGCAGGCUCCUGCAGCACUACCAUAUGGACUACAGCCUAAGAAACAAUACAAUCCAGAAGCUCCGAUGCGAAGAGCCAACUGGUCUCAGAUUGGACCUCAGGAAAUGACAGAGACGUGUUUUUGGAUCAAAGCCAAAGAAGAAAAGUUUGAGAGUCCAGAUCUAUUUGCUAAACUAAUGCUUAGUUUUGCUACACAAACAAAAGAUGCUGCCUGACCUGCUGAACUUUUCCAGCAGUUUCUGUUUCUGGCUCAAACGUGAUAGACCCUUCCCCUAUUAUUGAGUAGCUCACUUCAAUGAAUUUCUGGAGAGCUGUUGAUGGAACCAUGCUUCAGUACAAAUCAAUGCCUCCUCCCUUCCUGAAAGUAAAAGAAAAGUAGCAAGAAUUAGUGCAACUGAAGAGAAGUUCAAACCAAAAGAACUGCGGAUGCUGUAAAUCAGGAACAAAAACAAAGUUGCUGGAAAAGCUCAGCAGGUCUGGCAGCAUCUGUGAAGGAAAAAAUACGACUUAAUGUUUCAGGUCUGGUGACGCUUCCUCAGAACUGCUCUGAGGAAGGGUCACCGGUUCCGAAACGUUAAUUCUGAUUUUUUUUCUUCACAGAUGCUGCCAUACCUGCUGAGCUUUUCUGGCAACUUUGUUUUUGUUGUUGUUGUGGAAGAAAAGUUCAGUCAGACUCUUCUAGGAUGACUUAGUAAUUGACUUCAACACAAAGAAAAAUGGGAAACAAGUUUACUUUAGAUUGCAGACGAACAAUUAUUGAGUCUCAUAGAUUCAAAAUCUGUUACAAUGACAAAAAAUGCCAACUCUUGACAUCUGAAUUCCGUCAGCUGAUUUACUAUUUGGGAUUAUCAUUGAAGUUAAAGUUAUUUUAAAUAGGGGCCAAAAAUUCUGAACAUGACCACAGGGAUCAUCUGACCUACACAGGUUUGCCAUGACAUAGGCAAGGAUUAGUAUAAAGUUUAAGCUGAAAUUGACAUUUUUCCUAAAGGCAAUGAAAUCAGACAGUGAUACCCCUGGGAAGUGUGGGAAGACCCUCACUUACUAUUUGAUUCAUAACACAAUGAGAAUUUACACAUGUUGAAGAUUAAAUAUCUUGUGCAGUUGCCAGUCUGGAAAUAAUAACCUCUACAAACAUGGAAUAUAUAAACUGCUUCUAUUUUAAAGAACUUCUGGCAAGCGGUCAUGUAAUUAAGAAUGCAGAACUGAACAUAGGCGGAAAAAGCUCAUCUCUCCAAGAAGAAGUGUACCUGGUUGACAGCCCUAGUUGGAAAGAAUCUUGACUGUGAGCCAAGAUUUCUUAAAAUGUGAAAGCCUGCUUCAGUGGUACGGUCAGGGAAAUAGAUGCAUUUAACACACUGAUACACCAACUGUGCAACUUUGAGACCUCAUAAGCCACAGAAAAAAUAACACGUUUGUUAUUGGACUUUUUAAAUGCUUCCUGCAAUCUUCAGCUCCCUCCACCUUUUAGAUUAGUUAAUAGGUUUACGUUUUCUUUGUAUUCAGUGUUUCUGUGAUUGAGAGUUUAGGAACCAUAUAUUGCUUUUCUUAAAGAAAAAUGUAAGCCUUGUACGUAUUAUUUCAAUAGUUUAUUUUGAAACUGUUUUAAUUUUUUUAAUAUGUUGCUAUUAUGAGAAAACCUAUCCAGUUUAUUUCUGAGCAUCGUGUAUGGUUAAACUGUAAAAUAUUUGGGUUUUGUAAUUCAACACUGUUAUACAGAUUGCAGAAGUAAGAAAAGAAAGGGAAUUAUUCACCCUUCUGAUUGAUCUGGAGAAGUCCCAAACCUCAGUUAAGGAAAAAAAUUCCAGCAAAAAGUCACAAGAAUAUAAACGGUAUAUUUCUACAUGCCAUUUAAAGCUAGUCUUCUAAUUUUCAUAUACAGCUGUAAUACUGUGAAAGUUAGGUGUUUGAAAGGAAGAAUUAGUAGGGCAGGGAAGAUUGGAUGUCGUAAAUGAUAUUUUAGCUUUGUUUAAUUAUCCUGAACUGUAGACAUUUUGGCCAGAGUAAUGAUUCUAAUUUCAAUUUUUGUUUCUUUGGGAAGAUUGUCGCCGCUUAAUUUUUUUUUUGGUAAUUUGAAUAAAAUUGAUCAUUGUUUAUGAUCACUUUUUCACUUCCAAAAUAAGUUUAGUUUUUUUAAAUGGGGUAUGAUUUGCACCGAGUUCAAUAUUUGUUUGAUCUAUACAGAGAGAAAAAAUGGCAACUGAUUUUUCUUAACAUUUCAAACUUAUUACUUAAAAAUCACUUUUGAUCCACAUAUAAUAGUUACUUUUGGAUAGCAAGAACUGAAGAUGCUGGAGUCAGAGGUAACACAGUGUGGAGCUGGAGGAACACAGCAGGCCAAGAAGCAUGAGAGGAACAGGAAAGUUGACGUUUUGGGUCAGGACCCUUCUUCAGAAAUAGUCUUGCUUCUUUCCUUUGUAGGUUUGCUGUAAAUCCUCAUAUUCUCUCAAUAAUCCUCUGUUCAGUGCCAGUCACAUGAGCUUUAAAUCUCUCCUGGACACAAGAUUUUGCUCUUCUAUUCUGAAGGGAAGGAGGUUUUUCUCUUACGGACUCUGCAGCAGUAUCAGAGACCAGCUCUGAAUCCUUAAAUAUUUAGAACAUAGUUGCACACAUCAAAAAUUGCACAUGGCUUUAACAAAUUAACAUUAAUGGCCACAGUGGACAUAAACGCUUUGUUCAUUGGAGAUUAUGUACCACUAGAUUUAAUAGCAUCUAUAUCUGGACCACUGUUUGAAUAACAUAAUGAUUUGUGCUGAUGUUGCUUUUGGUGGCAAAAUGUGUUCACCUGCUGUGAUGCAAACACAUAAUGCCCAGAACCAAUGUAUGGAUAAUAAAUAAUGGGAUAUCAUAACUUA